UCAUUCGCCAUCAUGGAUGACAGCUUAGCCAUCAUCCUCCUCUCUCCCACCACCUCCACUGUGUCGAGGGGACAUCCCAGGACAGAGCUGGCCUUCCUGAUUACUCUGUCCAGUCUCUUCCUCUUCGUAGCCGGAGAAGGGACCCAUAGUAUUAUUUGUAAACAAUUAACCCUUGGCUACAUCUUUAAGGUCUGAUAUUUAUCUCCUGCUUGUGCUUUUUUUUCCUGUUUUGUUUUCAGGGUGACAUAACAGGAAUCCCUUAAUAUGAGUGAUGAUAAACCUUUCCAAUGCACUGCUCCUGGGUGUGGACAGAGAUUUACAAAUGAGGAUCACUUGGCUGUCCACAAACACAAACAUGAGAUGACCCUAAAGUUCGGGCCGGCAAGGAAUGACAGCGCCAUCAUUGCUGACCAAACACCUACACCUACCCGCUUUUUGAAGAACUGCGAGGAGGUUGGACUCUUCAAUGAACUUGCAAGUCCGUUCGAUCAUGACUUCAAAAAAGCGACGGAAGAUGACAUUAAAAAGUUACCAUUGGAUUUGUCACCUCUUGCAACGCCUAUCAUACGCAACAAAACUGAGGAGCCCACAGCUAUGGAGUCACACCGAGAUAGCCCUCUGCCUCACCCCGAAUCUACAACGAAUGAUGACAAGGAUUUAUCUUUGCAGCCAGCCUCACUGCCAACAUCCACUAUAGUCCAUCCUGCGUCCCUCCAAGUUCCCAAUGUACUUCUAGCAACCUCAGAGGCUAAUGUUGUAAUACAGCAAGCUCUCCCGUCACCAACAUCUAGCUCUGUUAUUACCCAAGUCCCAUCCACUAAUAGGCCUAUAGUCCCGGUGUCUGGCACCUUCCCUGUGCUCUUACAGCUGCCUAACGGCAAGACCAUGCCAGUUGCUAUACCGGCAUCUAUUACAAGCUCAAGUGUUCAUAUUCCAACUACAAUCCCCCUUGUCAGACCUGUCACCAUAGUGCCUAACGUCCCCGGGAUCCCAGGACCUCCCUCGCCACAGCCGCAGCCCGUCCAAUCAGAAGCAAAGCUGAAACUGAAAGCCACGUUAAGCCAGCAGCUUCCUCAGGUAUCCAAUGGAAACGGUGGUGAAGUCCAGAGCAGCGCCGUAACCCACACCGCUGCUCCCGCUUCUCCUGCUCCGACCCCAGCCCCAAGUCCAGCCCCGAUCGCGGUCUUAACUCCUUCUCCGGCUCCUCACCUGCCCACGACUGAGGAACCUUCUCCCCACUCCCUUCAGCAGCCAGCCACCUCCACCACAGAGACACCUGCUUCCCCAGCGCCCCCUGCGCAAAACCCCCCAAGCACAGGGGGUCGGCGGCGCAGAACCACAAGCGAAAACCCCGAUGAGAAGCGGCGCAAGUUCCUGGAGCGUAACAGGGCUGCAGCCUCUCGCUGCAGGCAGAAGAGGAAAGUGUGGGUCCAGUCUCUGGAGAAGAAGGCCGAAGACCUCAACUCCAUGAACGGUUCAUUACAGAGUGAAGUCACCCUGCUGAGAAACGAAGUGGCUCAGCUGAAGCAGCUUCUUCUGGCUCAUAAAGAUUGCCCCGUAACCGCCAUGCAGAAGAAAUCUGGCUAUCACAUUUCCGACAAAGACGAGAGCUGCGAGGAGAUGUCUGUCCCCGGCAGCCCCCAGAACGAGGCCAUCCAGCACAGCUCCGUCAGCACCUCCAACGGGGUCAGCUCCUCCUCCGUGACCCCGGCCGUCUCCGCCCCGUCCAGCGCCGCCGCCGCCACCACCACAUCAAACCAGAGCACAGAGGAGACCCAGUCUCAGCCUUCAGGGAGUUGAUCGUCCCAAACUGUGCCCCCGAGCGUCAACACUGGAGCGCCGUUAACCUCUUCAAUCUCUCUGAUUUACAGAGGAAAAAGGGAUUCUCUCUCAGCUUCAGUUUGGACUGUGCUUGUUUUUUAAUUUAUUGCUUUGUUUAUGUUUGGUUCCAUUUCGUCCUCCGUUGGCAAUGCUUUUUUGAAAAAUGCAAAAUGUUUUCUCUGGAAUUGAUGAAGACAAAAGAACAGGCACUUUAGGUGUAAGAUGUAAAAACACGUGGUUCUAAAAAUGUUUGAUUUAUUUAUUAAUCUUUUAUAUUUUUUUAUUUAAAAGCGAUCAGCCUGAAGGUUCGAUCAGUGAAUUGUUUGAGACUUUACCAAAGUGUGUUGUGGUUAACUUAUAAUUAGUUUGCUUGUUCAUGACUUUAAUAAGCACUAUCUUUAUGAUGAAGUUACAAUAAGAGCACUCACUUUUUUUCUUUUUUUUUGCAUUUUUUCCAUUUUGCACAUUUUGAGAGAUGACGUGUUUACCUUUUUUAGAGUUUGACAGUCCACAUGUUAAGUACUGGCAGCUUUUUAGAAGUAGAUUCAAAUACUGUCACAUUACACAAAAUGUAAAUGGCUGAAUCAGAUUUUAAAAUUUUACAACUUUUUCUGUGACGUAAGUCGCAUCGUGCAGUUUGAAUGUUUGAGCUCACCUCCGCUUGUAAAACUAGUCUUAAAGGAGGUGAGCUGCUUAGAAAUGUGUGUUAUCUCAUUAACAUUCCACCUGUAGUCUGAUUGUUCCUGAAGCAGUGAUUGUAGGAUUGCAGUACGUUUUCCAUUACUCAAUCUUGGUGAUGUUGACUUCAUUCAGUGCCAUUAAUUAAUGUUUUUGUAUAGAAUUUUUCCCGUACAUUUUUAACGCAGAUUAGCUUGAGUUGAUAGCUGUUCUCUCAGAUUAAGGAACAUAGUUUCUCAGUAAGGAAAUAUCUUGUUUUGUAUACCGUCUUUGCUUUAUAAGUGACUGUUUAUGGCUUUAAUGCAGAAAGACAUUAUGUUGUUUUCAUGAUUCUCAAUGACAUUUUUAGAAAACAUUGUAAACAACAUCAAUGAUACAUUAUAUGUGAUCUUUCUAGGUGUUAUGUACUUUGUUUUUUAUAUAAGAUAGUCUGGUUUCAGUAGCUGAGCCCUGUUGAUCACAUGAACUCUGUUAGCAGUUGAUCUUAACAGUAGUUCAGUCAUUAGGAUAGGCCUCUUCCUGACUUUGUCAUGUCAAAUUAAAGCAUUCAGAUGUGAACUGGAAUCACAUCAUGUGUAUUAGAGUAACACUACAACCGCCUGUAAGAAUCGUGAGCAUUUCAUCAUUGAAAUAAUAGUAGGAAGCAAAUCACACCAUGAAGUCAAUUUGCCUUUUCUCUUAGUCUGUACUGGCUUACUACUGUGUAGUUUUACGAGAAGCUAACACAUUGUUUUCUUAAAGUAUGAUUAUUUAUUUAUUUAUUUUACUGUUAUGUGCUAUCUGCAUGAGGUAAUAAUUCUCUGCGAGAAUUUAACUGUUUAUUCGAUAAUGUCUCGGUCAGAUAAAUAUCAUUAAACAAAUUGUUUCAACUUGAGUUGUGGUUCUUAAGUUUAUGAAAGCUUUGGUUAUUUGUUUUACCUUAGCUUAACUGCUAAAAAAAAAAAAAAGGAGUGUGAUACUGUGUUGAAAGUGUACUUGUAACUUGUGAAAGUUCUGUAUAAAAAACAUUUGAAUUGAUAAGUUGUUGUAAUAAACCUUUUAAUAUCUCUUUAAAA